AGAGAGAGAGAGAGAGAAAAAGAGUAUGGAAGAGGAGGAGGGGCAUCGGAUGGCAAGUGUCGGCGCUCCAGCCAUAUGGGGAGGGAGCAACAGGAUAGUGGCCGUUAAUGUGGAGGGGAUGACCCCGCCACUUGAUCUCCCUGAUUCCGGGCGUGGUCAAGCUAAUCAAGAGGACUCACAUGAGCAGAAACCUGGAUGGAGAAAGUUCUUGUCAUUUGUUGGCCCCGGUUUCCUUGUUUCUCUUGCAUAUCUUGACCCCGGAAACCUGGAAACCGAUCUGCGGGCCGGAGCGAAUCAUGGAUACCAGCUUCUAUGGGUCAUACUCAUCGGGUUGAUAUUCGCUCUCAUCAUCCAAUCACUAGCUGCUAAUCUUGGAGUAAGCACUGGAAAACACCUCUCCGAGCUAUGCAAGGCCGAGUACCCACCGUUAGUAAAAUAUUGCUUGUGGUUUUUGGCUGAAGUGGCCGUCAUAGCCGCCGAUAUACCGGAAGUUAUUGGGACAGCCUUCGCGCUCAACAUUCUGUUCCACAUCCCAGUGUGGGCUGGAGUUUUGUUCACUGGUUUCAGCACCCUCGUGCUUCUCGGCCUGCAGAAAUAUGGGAUACGGAAGCUGGAAAUGCUGAUAGCUACAUUGGUAUUCAUAAUGGCGGCGUGUUUCUUUGGCGAAAUGAGCUACGUGAAGCCUCCGGCCACGAAGGUCAUGCAGGGGAUGUUCGUCCCCAAGCUCUCUGGGAACAGCGCCACUGGUGAUGCCAUCGCCUUGCUCGGCGCACUCGUGAUGCCGCACAACCUGUUCCUCCAUUCUGCUUUGGUCUUGUCCAGGAAAGUUCCAAGAUCGGUCCAAGGCAUCAAUGACGCUUGCCGGUUUUUCCUCUUAGAAAGUGGGUUUGCAUUAUUCGUGGCAUUCUUGAUCAAUGUCGCUGUUGUGUCCGUGUCUGGCACUGUCUGCUCGGGUGAUAAUCUUUCGAGUGAGAACGCAGAGAGAUGCAGCGAUUUAACUCUCAAUUCUGCUGCAUUCCUUCUUAAGAAUAUGUUGGGAAGAUCUAGCUCAACGGUUUAUGCCAUUGCAUUGCUAGCUUCAGGACAAAGCUCCACAAUUACAGGAACCUAUGCAGGCCAAUACGUCAUGCAGGGUUUCUUGGAACUCAAAAUGAAGAAGUGGAUCCGGAACCUAGUGACUCGAUGUAUUGCCAUUACGCCGAGUCUCAUCGUCUCUACAAUUGGUGGAUCUUCAGGAGCUGGUAGGCUCAUCAUCAUCGCAUCGAUGAUUCUAUCAUUUGAGCUUCCGUUUGCUCUAAUCCCACUCCUUAAGUUCAGUAGCAGUGCAACAAAGAUGGGACCCCACAAAAACUCAAUCUACAUUAUUGUGAUCUCGUGGAUACUAGGAGUUGGACUCAUCGGUAUCAACAUCUACUAUCUCAGCACGGGUUUUGUCGGCUGGCUUAUCAACAACAGUCUUCCCAAGGUCGCCAACGCCUUCAUCGGAAUUGUAGUGUUCCCACUCAUGGCCAUCUACCUCAUUGCAGUGAUCUACUUAACUUUCCGGAAAGACACAGUCGUGACGUUUACUGAUGACCCUGUUAAGAUUGCCAUAGCGCCGGACCAACUUCCUUAUCGAGAGGACCUAGCAGACAUUCCUCUUCCGGAAUAG